AUGAAAGUUACGCUAAAAGAAUGGAACGCUGUCGCAACCUGGCGCUGGGAUAUGCCAGAAGAUGAAGUCUGUGGUAUCUGUCGCGUCCAGUUCGAUGGGACUUGCCCGACCUGCAAAUUUCCCGGAGACGACUGCUCAUUGCUGCUUGGGAAGUGCGGCCACUCCUUCCAUAUGCAUUGUCUCAUGACUUGGAUUCAACAAGAAUCUUCGAAAGGACUUUGUCCCAUGUGCCGACAGAAAUUUGAAUGGAAACAAAACGACGAAUGA